GCUCCACCAGUGACGAAGCCACUGGAGUUUUGACGUGGCUGCUACGUACCUGCCCGUUUGCCCACUCCGAUUGCAGCAAAGUUGGUGACGAGAAAUACGUAACUGUACAAUCAGUUUUACGUCUGCUGUGGAAUAUGCCGUAAAAUAUGGCGCCUUAAGGAAGAUGUAUGAAUUUCUUGAAAAGGGCAAUGGGGGUUACGUGACAAUUCUGACAUCUCUUUUCACCAAUAACCGACACAUCGUGAUGCCAAUCGAUCUGCUUAUGUAAAUGACGCAGUAACACCGCCGAUCGCUGACUGGCGGGAAAUUUAAAACUUUUGCACUUUAAUGGAUAGAUCCUGAUUUUGACUUGAAUACACACAGGGUUUGAGGUCCCCAGGCUAUGGAAAGUAUGGUUGAGGAAAAUGGAUCAGCUGUUGACCCAUUGUCUACGGGUUCUCAAAGCGGUGACGCAGCACCAGCAAUAGCUACAUCGGUACAAUCUCUCAAUAGAACACAGCAGCAAACUCAUCAUCUGGUAGCUUCUACCAGCAUUGUGCAACUGACACUACCUACGUCAGGGGCAACACAGGUACAGUCUGUUAUACAACCUAAUCAACAAUCAGUAAUUCAAACUGCAACGAACAUUCAACCUGUUGCUAUUUCAAAAGGAAAUGUCAUACUUGUCAGCAAACCCAAUUCUGUCAUACAAACAGCCCAAGCAAGUUUGCAAACACUUCAGGUGGUUGAAACUGGUAGUGAUGAUAGUUUCUCAGAUUCAGAAGAAUCUCCAGAACAAAGGGGAGGAAUUCUUACCAGACGACCGUCUUACAAGAAAAUUCUCAAUGACUUAGGUGGUGGUGAAAUUACAGACGGUCGAUUGCCCCCUCUAGAAUCAUCUUCUGAGUGUGAUUCUAACGUGGACAGUGAAGUGUCGUCCCAUUCGCUUCAUUAUCAGACAGUAAUUCCUGCUGGAACCAUACAAAUUGCAACUCAAGGGGAAGGUGUGCCUGGUCUUCAUACAUUAACUAUGAGUAAUGCAGCAACUGCAGGUGGAGCUAUAGUACAGUAUGCACAAGGCCAAGAUACACAAUUUUUUGUCCCAGUCUCUGACAAUGUUCCAGCUUACACAGGACAUGGUGUUGUAGUAGAAGAUGCAGCUAGAAAAAGAGAAUUAAGGUUGCUUAAAAAUAGACAAGCAGCCCGCGAGUGUAGAAGGAAAAAGAAAGAAUAUAUAAAGUGUUUAGAAAACCGUGUCGCGAUAUUGGAAAAUAGAAAUCAGACGUUAAUAGAAGAACUCAAAUCGUUAAAACAGCUAUGCGAACCGAAAACUGACUGAGGUUGGUGUUUAAUGUUGAAACAUUGUAUGAAAACUAUUAACCUGCUAAAAAAUUUGUACAUGUCUUCUUUAUGUACAUUAUCCUAAACGUUGUUAGGUAAGCGAUGGUGAUGUACAUGCAUUCUUAUAAAUAAGUGUUUCUGUAACAUACUGUAUUUAAAAUGCGAAUAUGAAGGCUUGUGAAACUUGCUGUUACUAAAGCGAGAAGCCAAAGGUAUAUGAGAUGCAGAGACAGUAAACUUAUAGGCAAUAUUCUGGAAGUCAAUCUAUAUUUUGGAUAAACUUAACAAUCAUAUAAAUUUAGGUUAUUAACGUUUACAUAUUCAAAAAAUUUGUUGAUAACCAGACGAUAAUAUUAACGUUUGGAAUAUAUUCAUUUAGAUUACAGUAACUAUGUGAUGUUGAACGGAACUGUUUUACUUACACAUAAAUAUUGUAUCCAUGUAGUUUCAUUCUAUCCGAAAAAAAAUUUACAUUAGUAAAAAAGUGAAAAGAAUUAUAAAAAACAAGAACACGAGAGUAUAUUUAGUAGUCAAUUUAUAAUAAAUAAUUGGUCGCUAAAAAUACACAUACUUGAGGAAAACGCCUUAUACACAAUAUUUGCUAGUGUAACUUAGAAAUUAGAUACAGCUACGAAUUAAAAUCACAUAGUUUCUGCAUUAAAAAAAAGAGCAUAGUUGUUAGACAAUAGUUUCUGUAUAAUUUUUUUUCAAUUUCUCUAUUCUUUUAUACUUGAAAGAGACAGGUCCAUUAAAAAAGUGCAUCAAUUAGAGGUGUUUGAAUGAAAAAAUAAUGGGAUGGUUGUAAAUAGAUAAAUAGACCGAAAUUCUACUACUUUGAUCAUUGCUACUGCAAUAUGUACGUGUAUAAAGUGUCGUCUCAAUAUAAUUUUUUACUUUAAAUACAAACUUCAGAAAUGUAUUAUGAAGAAAAAUAUAAUUUAUACAAUGUAGAGAAAUGUGCUAUAAAAAAGCAUUAGGUGAAAUGCUCUCGUCUUAUUUUACUUUCUAUUUUAAGAUGCCUCAAGUGCAAGAAGGUUAAGAAUAUAAAUUUGUAAAAUAUAAAUAUAAAUGUAAUAUAUAUCUGGAGUGCCUUGAAGAUUUCUGUACAGGGUGAUUUAUAAAUGCAUGUCAAUACUUCAGGUGAUGAAUCUAUGCUAAUCUAUUUUAAUGUAUAGAUUCACUUUCUGAAGUAUUGACAUGCAUUUAUGAAUCACCCUGUAUAUAUAUAUAGUAUACAAAUAAAUACGCGCAAGUGCGCUCACAUAUAUACAUACAUACGUAUGUAUAAAAUUAUGUUUUAGGUAAAUGUGGGUACAUAACAAUAUUUUUGAAUUAUAUAUUAUGUUAUAGCUUUACGCCCUGCGUAAAAAUCGUACAGUUGCUUUAAAAUUGAAAUUUCUAUUCCGAUACAUUUUCAUAUUUUUUAAAAUUAAAUAAAACCUUUAAAUCGCUAGUAUAAGCCAUAAACUAAAUUACAUGUCGAUACGAUUGCAUCUAUUUCAUGUCCCAAUAGAAAAUAGGAAAAUUUGUUACAAUCAGAUAAUUUGCAUAUUAUGUUUUAUAAUAUUAUUAAAAAGAAAUUAUUUUUUAAUGUCUGACACAUACUUAUCAUCAUGCUAGGAAUUAUUUAUCCAAUGCAUUUUUCCCAUAAAAUCAAUGUUCUGUAAUCUAAGUAUGAAAACUAUUUGAUGUAUAAUUUUGAUUGUUAUAUAUUUAUAAGAAAAAUACAGUUUCAAAUAUGAAAGAUCCAGUUUGAUCAUUCAAUGAUGUAAUAUAAACUGUUCAACACGUUUAAGAAUGAUAUUGCCGAUUAUUUGAAAUUAUUUUAUUGGUGUAAUUUUGUUUCUUUUUGAUUUUUUAUAGGAUAUCAAAAUAUAAUUGUUUGUAAAAUAAUUUAUACAAAAACAUAUUUGUAAUAUUAAUUUCGUACUAUUUGCAUACAUAUCAUUUUUUUAAUAUUAAUAAUAUAUAUUUUUUAAAUAAAAUCCAGAUAAAAUUUACAGUUACUGAUCAGACUGGAAAGAUUUGUUGUAUAGGUAUGAUGCGUAAUUUGUCAAGUUUAUUUGUUAUCAAAACUAUUCACUCUGAUAAUAGAAAACAAAUACAGUUAUAAUCUUCGUA